AUGGAGUGGCCGUCAGAGCCGACAUUUCUCCACCUAAGUUCAAUGAAAGGUGCUCUGACGGAUGAUGAAGUCACCAAGAUCAUGACUGGCGAGAGUGGCAGCAGCUAUCACGACAACGUGACAGCUCUAAUUACUCGAGGCAACGCCCAGUCUGAAGGCGUCAACGCUGAAGAAAGGGCAGCAACAUUCUACUACGAACCCAUUCCUGACACCAAGUACAGCGUGGUGCUCUGUCUGUUUGAGGAGGAUAGAAUCGUCACUGUUCCAUCACCGGUGAAUCCCGAGAGCGGCACAGCCUCGCUGUACCACCGACUGGACCUACUGGACACAAAUGCUGAAGUCUGCAGAUUGCACGACAACUACGCCACUUUUGACGGGUCUACUGUUAUGUUCCCGCCAAAGGCCUACACUGAUCCCAUCAGCUACCUGAGCAGCUUGGAGACAUCUGAAGACGUUGCGAACAUGAACACUUUUAUUAACGACCCCACUGGCUUGGUUGCGAAUCCAGGACUAGUAGACGGCGUCCGAACGGAUGUUACCCUGACAGCUGUACUCGAGCAGUACUGGAGGGAGAAUGAUGCAGACUCAGUAUGGAGAUACGUGGGCACAACAAUGGGUGUGUUCAGAAUCUUCCCUGGAAUCGUCAUGGACAUGCGGUACGACCCGACCCAACAGGCAUGGUUCAACCACGCCCUGGCCAAACCUGAAGACUACACCUUCUCCCGUCCGGGUCCCAGUCCGUUCGGUGGUGGCAACUUGGUCACUAUCAGUAAAGCAAUCGCCCACUCUAGCACUCAGAAGAUCCUCGGCGUCAUCGCAGCUGACAUCACAGAGAGGAAGUACUCCUCUUUGCUGCACUCUGAGGUCCCUGAAUGCUCAUCGAUGGAAUUUGCGUGCUACAUACUGGACGACAGUGGGUACUUCAUGGAGCUGCCAACAACACCGAACAUGGAGCACGACCAUUUAACGAGUAGGUUCCCCUGGUUGGCGAAGGAACUGGUGGCCAGAGGAGAAUUCCUAAAGGCUGGGUGGUGCCAAAACUAUGCUACUCAGAGUUCCCAGCUCUUCUACGACACUUCCGGAUUCACUGGCCUGGAGGUCACCACAGGCCCACCGUGUACCCAGUUCUCCUUGUAUCCCGUUAACGGCACCAACACGUUUUUGCUGGUUCUUCUCGAUCGUCAGACCUACAACUGCGAUGACAAUCAACCCCAGGAUUGUUCCUGUGACGAUGUUUGCCAGUCGCCAUAUGUAUCAGAUUCAUCCGUUUGUCAGUGUCCAUGCAGCAGUAGCUGGGACUAUGAUUUCUGCACAAACCGCCCACUGACACCCUUGUCCGACCCACCAUGCCCUCCCCCUCAUACGGACAAUGACAACAGGGACGAAGGCCCGCCAAACCCACCUGGCCCAGAGAUACAUGACUGCCAGGACCGGUGCAGCAUACAGUCUAACAACAUCACCUGUCGGGCCCUACCGCACUGUGAUUGGUGUGCGGAGUUUGACGUCCCAGUAUGCAGGGAGGUCUGCUUGAUAACAACAUUGAAGCCCCCAACUGCGACUGGAAAGCCUGGACAAACAACCAUCUCGAACGUUGUAGAAGACAACCCUAUCUUGCUCGGCUCCCUAUUAGACUGUACCGUCAUGCCAACCGGCAUGUACCCGGACCCGCAGGACUGUACCAUGUUCUACCAGUGCAUGGGAGAUCCCAGCAUCUCGCAACCCUUCCACAUGCCCUGUCCACCAGGAACACUCUUCGAUUGGAACCUUUUCGUCUGCACACACACGUCGGUCUGUACCAUCUCUUCCACGUCUGAGCUGCCUACACCCCAUCUCCCAACACCUGUCGUGAAUGUACCAGCAGCAAACCUUCCACCCACGACCCCACUCACGGCAACUGUCGAACCUUCAGUGUCUGGCAGCUGUUCUAGCAGUCCAUGUAGGUCGGGAGGAACCUGUCAAGAUGACGUGAACGGAUACACCUGUGUCUGUCCUCCUUAUGCGGCCGGGAGGAACUGUGAAACAGUUUGGCAGUCCGACAAGUGCUAUCGGUUCUCGGACGACAGCCUGUCCAAUCAACAGGCCUCCAGUACCUGUGUCAGCAUGAACGGCCACCUUGCGGAUAUCCAGGACACUGCACAGCAGCAGCUGAUUGCAAGCUACAUGAACCCUGGACAUGACCAGUCGUUUUGGGUCGCCAACAAGAUUUCGUCAUCUUUCUGUAGUUUUGGGGCUGGCUCUGCGGCUUCUACGUGGAUGUACAACAAUGGUUCCAUCAACUUCGACAUCUGCGUGCUGUUGAACAGCGCCUAUGGUUACAAGGGGACCUACCAGCGCUGCGAGGAGCAACACAACUACAUCUGCGAGUCUGCCGCCGGGCCAUGUCAGCCGAACGUGUGUCAGCACGGAGGGUACUGCGUCUCUUGUUUCGGGGAAUCCAGCAUCUUCUGUAUCUGUCCUCAGGGUUACAGCGGGCCCCGCUGUGAGAUAGUCGACCUGUGCCUUCCCAACCCCUGUCCGUUUGACUGGACCUGCUCGAUCCAGGCAGGCGGGAUCCACUGUGCAGUACCAACUGGAGUGAAGGCUACCCGCUCAGGCUUCUGCACAGCGACCUCUUGCGGUGCCGGUUUGAUCUGCAUUGAGGAUGGCACGAUGGGCUAUUCCUGUAUCCGUGGCUGAUGAGGCAUUAGUCAUCACCUUCCUACACGGUUGUUGUCCAAGUGGCAACUUCCUGACUUGCUUGUCAGUUUUGAUUUUGAUUCAUAUUUCGUCAUAAAGCUAGAAAGGGUCAAUUCAGUGUUUCUGUAGCAACAGUAAAAUCAAAUCAAAGUUGAAUU